AUGCCAAAGAAUCCCGUCGUCGAACUAAAUGAUCUCACCUUUGACCGUGUUGAAUCAAGGGCCAUGAUCGGUAUAUUCACGGCGACCACGGAUUCCGUCAUUCCUGUGCCCAUAGAGGUGGAGGCUACCAUCAAGUACGGGACCGCAAAGACAUUAGAUUUUUCCAACGGUAGCCGCGAGCUUGAGCUUGAAGCCCAUUUCUUUGAAAACGGGACAAAUCUCAAUUCCGAUGGCACGAAGUUUUUCAAGGAGUACUUGACUACCGAGAACGAUAUCCCUCUUAUCCUCAAUACGACCUCAGCACUGGAACUCAAGGCGCAAAUUAGGGGAAUCGCAACGCUGGGCGUCACAGGUAUCACUGCUUGGUUCAAAAUGGAAAUCGUGAAGCUCAAUUUUGUCGCAACGGUUGGAGGAGAUGACCUUCUCGAAGGGGGUUUGGACAACUUCACCGUAGAAAAAGGUGUAGCUGAAGGGAAAACAGACCGGACACAUGCAAAACUUUGUAAGAACGUGUUGACCUCACUUUGGGACAUAUCAAUGUAUCCCAAGGUCAGUGUCGCAAUUAGGUCAGCCAAUGUGAAGUUUGAUGGAUUACCCAUAAACGGCCUGCAAUUUGAUUUCAAGAACGUUGACUUCAAUGUGGAUGGCCCUGUGGUUGGAGCUUUGCCAGCGGGGCUGGUUACCAAAUUCCUCCCUUUUAAUAUGUGAUUUUAUCUGUGUAUCGAGAGCGAGGUCUCAUCCACGUAUUACUUAGCUAUGAGUCGGCAAUAUCCUUUCACUGUUUCCCCAUC